CGCCGGGGGCUGACAGCGAAGUGAGGAGUUACGGUAGCCUCUCGUGGGGCACAGACGUAAGAGAGGUACUCGUGGAGAAAACGCUGGUUUCAGGACGCUCCUUUUGAUGACCUGUCUCGCUGGAAGCGGAGGGGUCCCGCCGCCUCACGUGUAGAGGACCAGAGAAGUAUUUAGGCAUUUGAAUAAACAGAAGAAUCAAGAUAAUCAGCUAUGUCUGUCACUGAGGAAGACCUGUGUCACCAGAUGAAAGUAGUUGUUCGUGUGCGUCCUGAAAACACGAAGGAAAAGGCAGCUGGAUUCCAUAAAGUGGUCCAUGUUGUAGAUAAGCAUAUUCUAGUGUUUGAUCCCAAACAAGAAGAAAUCAGUUUUUUCCGUGGAAAGAAAACUGCAAAUCGAGAUAUUAGAAAGAGACAAAAUAAGGAUCUUAAAUUUGUAUUUGAUGCUGUUUUUGAUGAAACUUCAACUCAACUGGAAGUUUUUGAACACACUACUAAGCCAAUUCUUCGUAGUUUUCUGAAUGGAUAUAAUUGCACAGUGCUUGCAUAUGGUGCCACUGGAGCUGGGAAGACACACACGAUGCUAGGAUCAGCUGGUGAGCCUGGAGUAAUGUACCUAACUAUGGUAGACCUUUACAAAUCCAUGGAUGAGAUUAAAGAAGAGAAAAUAUGUAGUACCGCCGUUUCUUAUCUGGAGGUGUACAAUGAACAGAUACGUGACCUCUUAGUAAAUUCAGGGCCACUUGCUGUCCGGGAAGAUGCCCAAAAAGGGGUGGUGGUUCAGGGGUUGACUUUACAUCAGCCCAAGUCCUCAGAGGAAAUAUUACAAUUAUUGGAUAAUGGAAACAAAAACAGGACACAGCAUCCCACUGAUAUGAAUGCUACAUCUUCUCGUUCUCAUGCUGUUUUCCAGAUUUAUUUGCGACAACAAGACAAAACAGCAAGUAUCAAUCAAAAUGUCCGAAUUGCGAAGAUGUCACUCAUUGACCUGGCAGGGUCUGAAAGAGCCAGUACUACGAGUGCUAAAGGAGCCCGUUUUAUAGAAGGCACCAAUAUUAAUCGAUCACUUUUAGCUCUUGGGAAUGUCAUCAAUGCCUUAGCAGAUACAAAGAGAAAGAAUCAGCAUAUUCCUUACAGAAAUAGUAAGCUCACUCGCUUGUUAAAGGAUUCUCUUGGAGGCAACUGUCAAACUAUAAUGAUAGCUGCUGUUAGUCCUUCCUCUAUGAGCUACGAUGACACAUAUAACACUCUCAAGUAUGCUAACCGUGCAAAGGACAUUAAAUCUUCAUUGAAGAGCAAUGUUCUUCACCUCGACAAUCAUAUAACUCAGUAUGUCAAGAUCUGUAAUGAGCAGAAGGAAGAGAUUUUAAUGUUAAAGGAAAAACUAAAAGCCUAUGAAGAACAGAAAGCCUUUGCUGAUGAAAAUAACAAAGCAAAGUUAAUGAUUUCAGACCCUCAGGAAAAAGAAAUUGAAAGAUUUCAAGAAAUUCUGAACUGCUUGUUCCAGAAUCGAGAGGAAAUUAGGCAAGAAUAUCUGAAGUUGGAAAUGUUACUUAAAGAAAAUGAACUUAAAUCAUUUUAUCAACAGCAGUGCCAUAAGCAAAUAGAAAUGAUGUGUUCUGAAGACAAAGUAGAAAAGGCUACUUGCAAACGAGAUCAUAGACUUGCAAUGUUGAAAACUCGUCACUGCUACCUGCAGAAGAAAAGGGAGGAGGAAUUGAAGCAAUUUGAUGAGAAUACGAAUUGGCUCCAUCGUGUCGAAACCGAAAUGGGACUCUUAGGUCAAAAUGGUCAUAUUCCAAAGGAACUCAAUAAAGAUCUUCAUUGUCAUCAUUUGCACCUCCAGAACAAAGAUUUGAAAGCACAAAUUAAACAUAUCAUGGAUCUAGCUUGUCUUCAAGAACAGCAGCACAGGCAAACUGAGGCAGUAUUGAAUGCUUUACUUCCAACCCUAAGAAAACAGUAUUGUGCAUUAAAAGAAGCUGGCCUGUCAAAUGCUGAUUUUGAGUCUGACUUCAAAGAAAUUGAACAUUUAGUAGAGAGGAAAAAAGUGGUUGUUUGGGCUGAUCAAACAAUUGAACAUACCAAGCAAAACGAUCUACCUCAAGUUUCUGUUCUUAUGACCUUUCCACAACUUGCUCCAGUUCAGUCUGUUUCCUGUUGCACAUCGUCAAGUGAAUCUAAUCUACUUAACGUUCCUUCACAAAAAAGAACUCGAAGAAAACUAAUGCCUUCUCCCUUGAAAGCAGAACUUACCCAAAAGUCUUCACUGUCUGAAAGUGUGCAGCUCAAUGACUCGUUCAGCAAAGAACUUCAACCUAUUGUGUAUACGCCAGAAGGCUGUAGAAAAACUUUUAAAAAUCAAUCUACAGGGACCUUAUUAAAACCAUCGUCUCAUACUACAAGUUUUCAGGCCAUCAGCUCAAAUACAAACAGUGAUAAUUCUCUGAAAAUGUCGUGUGAAGUAGAUAUCCCUCUCAGCAGAAGCAAAGAAAACGAACAGGAGGACUUGGACUCUACAUUUACUGUCUGUGAAGACACCAGGAAAUUGAAAAGUGAAUUACCUGAACAACAACCACUAUCAAGCAGUAACAUUUUACAAAGGCUUGCCCUUUCCUCAUUGUCAACUAAACAUCCUCUGCCUCUACAAAACAUAGUACCAUCCUACAUGGCAAUGACUGCUGCUGCCAAAAGGAAACGGAAACUAACAAGUUCUGCAUCAAAUACUUUAACUACUGAAGAAACUUCUGGAUUUGCCAAACGUGUUCGAAAAGAUAACUCAAGUGACAAGAACUUACAAGAAAAUGGACAAACAAUGGAAUAUAAAAGAAACAUCUACAAAGGAAAGCCAGAAACAGUGAGAAAUUUUGGAAGAAGUAUUUCAAAAGGAAAUCUAAGAUAAGUCACUUCAAAAUCAAGAGAAAUUAAAUGGACAACUGUGCUUUUAAAAGGGUUUGUUGCCCAUGCCCUUUCAAAACGUAUUUAAAAUCUUUGAAAGAAGACCAUCUUAAAGCUAGAUUUACCAAAAUAGCUUCAACAAGCAGAAAAUGAAAUUCUUUCACAUUUGUUUUUUUGUAUUCUAAGCAAAUGUAAAAUUUUAACAGAAAAGGUUAUGUUUUACGUUUCUCAAACACUUGCUGCCUUUUAAAAUCCCUAAGUCAGCAUGGUGGCCGCUCAGUUUUACUAUUCUGCAACAAGUUUAUUAGGACAUUUUAGAAAAUAAUAGUGAGUUAAAUUAUUCUUACUAUUUUUUGAAAAUAAGAAGGAUUUAGAAGUGAUAAAAUUAUGGCCCAGGCUGUGUUUAGUCUUACAUUAUUUUAAUCAUAUAUGUGACUUUUCUUUGCAAAAAUACUUUGAUGUACAAAUGUACAUAAAGUUGUAAAUAUUAUUUAAAGUCUCCAUGAAUAAAAUACUAAUAUUGUUUCAUGCUACUACAGUAUAUUAAAGACAUAGAUUUUA